GACAAAAAGAUACUUAGAAAUAUACAUAUAUGUUAUGGGAAAUAGCAAGCUACCUACAAAUAUUGCCCAGAAUGCAUUGUUUUCUACAGUAUAAUACCUUUUUAAUGGAAAACAGUAUGUUACUGUCACAAUUUUCUUACAGCAAUCUGUUCCAGUGUAGUUUUCUUUCUAAUGGCUCUGCCAGGUUCUUUUGUUAACACACAUUCUUCAGUGUAAUCUACCUGUAUGAGCAGCCAAAGGUAAUACUGUCAUCUCUCUCACACUCAGACAAUAACAGCAGCAGCAGCCAGGUUGCAGCCAUAGCAACACCACCGGUGCGCUCUUAUUAUCCCAAAGUGUUCUAGAGAGUAAAGCAGAAAGCUGCUGCUGCUGCUUCCAACUCCUCUCUGCUCCCUCCGCCGCCGCCCAGCCUCCUCAGGUCCAAGGUACGGGGAGUGUCCGUCCGCCCGCCCAUCGUGUCUCCGCUCUGCCUGUGAUGGACGAGGCGGAGGACGGAGAUGAGGAGCCCAAAUUCCUGCAGCAGCAGCCUCGACCUCCUCAGAUCCCCAGCCUGGCCAGACGCGAGGAGCAUGGGAGCAGCGGAGGAACCAAGAUGAAGAAAUUCACAGCAGCAGCAGCAGGAGGAGGCGGGGCCGCGUCCAUUGCGCGCAAAAACUCCAACAACAAUGAUCUGUGGCUCCUGCAGGACGAGGAGGACUCCGCACCUGCUGCCAGCGCCAGCGGCAGCACCUCCUCUGCUCCUCCUGUGUUGCGCCGGAGGGAUGCUGCUGCUGGAGGGGAUCCGGCCCCGGAGACAGGAGCAGGAGCCAUCGGGAUGAUAUGCAACAAAAACGGAGACUGUAGAAGGGACCCGACCAGUUCAGGGAGCCUCUCCUCUCUCAUCUCACGGCAGGAGAAGCAGGCUGAUGGAGUAGUGGCGGCUGAGGACGGGAAGGCUCAGGCUGCCAGCAUGGACGGCUCCAUCACCUCAGCGGGGUCCCUGACUCAGGGGCCCGGGGCCGAGGUCAAGACCGCGGCAGUGAUGGAGAAGAAGGACUCCAGAGUUUCCUUCUCCAACGCCCCGACCAGUAAAGGACAGACCCCGACCCUUCAGUCGAGGAAUUCUGUGGCGUUUACCAAAGCUGAGGACGGAUCUCAGAUAGUCCCGGAUGAUGGAGACUCCAGGACCUACAUGCAGCGGCAGUUCAGCUCCAUGCUCCAGCCCGGAGUUAACAAAUUCUCCCUGCGCAUGUUUGGCAGCCAGAAGGCAGUGGAGAAGGAACAAGAGCGAGUAAAGUCAGCGGGGAACUGGAUUAUCCACCCGUACAGCGACUUCAGGUUCUACUGGGACUUCACCAUGCUCAUGUUCAUGGUGGGCAACCUGAUAAUCAUCCCCGUCGGCAUCACCUUCUUCAAGGACGAGACCACCACGCCCUGGAUCAUCUUCAACGUGGUUUCCGACACCUUCUUCCUCAUGGACCUGGUGCUGAACUUCAGGACCGGCAUCGUGUUCGAGGACAACACCGAGAUCAUCCUGGACCCCAAGAAGAUCAAGAAGAAGUACCUGAAGAGCUGGUUCGUGGUGGACUUCGUCUCUUCCAUACCUGUGGAUUAUAUCUUCCUCAUCGUGGAGAAAGGGAUGGACUCGGAGGUGUACAAGACGGCCCGGGCGCUCCGCAUCGUCCGCUUCACCAAGAUCCUCAGUCUGCUGCGUCUGCUGAGGCUCUCCAGACUCAUCCGCUACAUCCACCAAUGGGAGGAGAUCUUCCACAUGACCUAUGACCUGGCCAGCGCUGUGAUGCGAAUAUUCAACCUGAUUGGUAUGAUGCUGCUGCUGUGUCACUGGGAUGGCUGUCUCCAGUUCCUUGUUCCCAUGCUGCAGGACUUUCCAUCGGACUGCUGGGUCUCCCUCAACAAGAUGGUGAACGACUCCUGGAGCGAGCUCUACUCCUUCGCCCUCUUUAAGGCCAUGAGCCACAUGUUGUGCAUCGGAUAUGGAAGACAAGCCCCGGAGAGCAUGUCGGACAUCUGGCUGACCAUGCUCAGUAUGAUCGUAGGAGCCACCUGCUACGCCAUGUUCAUCGGCCACGCCACCGCACUCAUCCAGUCCCUGGACUCCUCCAGACGCCAGUACCAAGAAAAGUACAAACAAGUGGAGCAGUACAUGUCGUUCCACAAGCUACCGGCCGACUUCCGACAGAAAAUCCAUGACUACUACGAGCACAGAUACCAGGGCAAGAUGUUUGAUGAGGAGAGCAUCCUGGAGGAGCUUAAUGAGCCUCUACGAGAGGAAAUCGUCAACUUCAACUGUCGUAAGCUGGUGGCGUCCAUGCCGCUGUUUGCCAACGCUGAUCCCAACUUUGUGACGGCCAUGUUGACCAAACUGAGAUUUGAAGUCUUCCAGCCGCUGGACUACAUCAUCAGAGAGGGAACCAUCGGCAAGAAGAUGUACUUCAUCCAGCACGGCGUGGUCAGCGUGCUGACCAAAGGAACCAUGGGCAUGAAGCUGAUGGACGGAUCCUACUUUGGAGAGAUCUGUCUGCUGACCCGUGGCAGACGAACCGCCAGCGUGCGAGCGGACACCUACUGCCGCCUCUACUCUCUCUCUGUGGACAACUUCAACGAGGUUCUGGAGGAGUACCCCAUGAUGAGGAGGGCCUUCGAGACGGUCGCCAUUGACAGAUUGGACAGAAUAGGCAAGAAGAACUCAAUCCUGAUGCACAAAGUCCAGCACGAUCUGAACUCAGGUGUGUUCAACAACCGGGAGAACGAGAUGAUCCAGGAGAUCGUUAAAUAUGAUCGGGAGAUGGUUCAACAAGUCGAUCUACCACGGCCAAGGGCCAUGUCCAUGUCCAUGACACCUCCUCUCCAUGGUGGGAUCUUUAGUUCUCCAGGUCCCUCGACCCAUCAGCCCAAUUCAGCAAUCGCCACUCUGCAGCAGGCCGUAGCCAUGAACUUUUGUGCCCCCAUGCAAGGGAACCUGCAGUCCCCCAGGAUGGUGAGGAGGUUCCAGGUGAUGGACAGCGUGUCCAGCCCUGUUUCAGCCUCCCCGCUGCAGUCUCAGCUCCUUGCUUCUGGUGCCUUUGCUCCCGUCCUGUCCAGCCCUCCUGUCCAGAGCCCACUGGCGGUUGGAGGACGAUCAUUCCAGUAUGGAUCCAGUGUCCUGGCUGGUCCCUCCUCAGGCUCCCAGCUUUCCCUCGCCCCCCAACAGCACAUCCCCAGCCCCGCACACCGGCCCAGCACACAUAAGAGUACUCAUUCCCUGCAAAUGGGCAGUUUGAGCCAAGAUGCCAGGGCACUGUCAGCCUCUCAGCCUUCACUGCCUCAUGAGGGGGCACAACCAGGGGCCCCUAGUCCACCCCAGUCUACACGAGUCUCCACCACUUCCAUUGGACCCCCUCAGACCGCAUCAGGUCACACAUCAGGCAUCCGGAGCGCUAUACCACCGAGGGUGGUGCUGCCCCACCAGAUGUCAGUGGGGGCCUUCCCUGCUGUAUCGCUGCCCGGUUCUGCGCAGAGUUUUGGGGCUGGUGCAGGGCUGGUUGUAGGUGGUGCAGGGACAGGUCUGGGGGACUCAGGACGACCCAAAAAGGACUCUAUAGUGAGCCUACCUGAGACAGACCACAGCAAAGUCAGAUCCAGGCUAUCCUCAAAUUUGUGAUCUUAAUGAAACUCUUCUGGGGGAGUGACUCAAUGAGGGGCGAGACUGCAGGAAUAAGGAGGAUUUCUUCUCUUUCUCCAACAGGUCCUCUUCUCUCUCCACUCCAGUUUGACUAUCCGAAUGUAUGAAUGUUGAGUGAGUGGCAGCAGGAAGAAUCUGAGAGAACUGUUAGACUGUUUAACAUAAAGUCUGUAUGGUGACUUUUGAAUCUGCAGCAUUGAGAUGUUUCUACUCACAGACAAAGUAGUGGCACAGUAGUGGUAAAGUAGCAACUUCCCCAGUUACACCUCCUUUAUUUACUGUAUUUUACAACAUAGUCAACAACAUAUGAGCUUAUCUGCUUCACUAUCCUCCUAUUCACCUCACUUAUGGCUAAAUUAUGGUUGGAUGGAUCUAAAAGAAAAUCAGGGACCUGCCUCAGAUAUGAGAAAUUGGCACUUUAAUGCAAUCUGACUACUGUAUGUACCACAUUUUGUGAGUAGGCUAUAAAAGAUGAUCUUUUCACAAAGGUAUAAUAAUUGUGCUUUCCGUAAAAGGUUUGAACACAAAUUGUGUGUUUUUUUGUGAUUCUGAAGUACGCCUAUAGGCCUGGAGAGAUAAUAUACAAUAAUGACCUUUAUUGCAAUAUUUUAAGCCAUGUUUUCCCCCGAGCUAUUGAUAUAAAUGGAUGAAUGAGUAUAUUUAUAAUUCAAACUAGUAUUUUCUAAAUCUAGUUGGCUCCUUUUAUAAGUCUUCCCUGUCUCUCAUGGUCUCCACAGAUAAAUACAUGAGCCCCUAGGAUGUUCAUAUCACAGACAUGAACAUCCUUCAGACUGAAAUUACAGCUCUGGAACAAAUUGUCUAGUUCCAGCCAAGCCAUCGAUUUUUACAGGAGAUGUUGUUUUAAUUUAAAUCUGCAUCAAUCAACAAUUUUUAUAUGAACAGUGAAGCAAAAUGACUAAGGAUAAUAUGAAGGGAGUUGGUUGGAGGGAUGAACCUACAGAGAAUGAUCUCCCAGCUCUGAAUCUUUAGUUUUUAUUUAGUUCAUUGUUUUGGCUUUAAAGCCCAGAGAUUUUCUUUAUAGAUCAUUCUUAU